AUGUCAAUGGAUAAGACCCUAGGUCUAAAGAGGUUGAAAAAGAAAACCAUCAAAAGCAUUGCUCUGGCUGUUAUUAUUUUGAGUUUGAUCCUAGUUGUCUAUCAGUUAGUUCUUGUCAAGAUGAUUGAAGAGUACAGUAGGAAAAGCAUCUUCGAUCAUGAUACCUUGAAGGUGGAAAAGUUUUUGAGUCCUUCGCAGAGCGAAAGAGGAUUCAUAUGUCAUUCCUCUGGUGUGAUGAUUUCUAUUUCAAAAUUAAAUGAUGAUUAUUGUGAUUGCCCUGAUGGAAGUGAUGAACCACAGACCGAUGCCUGCCCGAACAGUGAGUUUCAGUGUCACGACCGACAACAUUUAGUGAGAAUCCCAUCAGGUCGAGUGAACGAUGGGAUUUGUGAUUGCUGUGAUGGAUCCGAUGAAUGGAAGAGAGAAUCUUCUAUUAAACAAAGUAUUGAAGUUCAGAAAAAGACUGGAGUGUUUCAUAGUCCAUGCCCAAACACAUGCUCUAAGUGA